AUGACGAGGGAUGCUGGUCGUCGACACUGUCCGAACGGACCUGCUCCACCAACAAUAACCACGAACCGAAUGCUGGGACUCGUUGUUGCUGCAGACGAGAACCUGAACACCUACAGAAACAGCAAUGCGGGGCAACACUGUGCUGUCGGGCGAGCGUCGUCGCAGUUGUCGGAGGCGGAACUGGAGCCGCUGUUUGGUAGCACUGCGGACGAAGAGCAGGUCAGACGGGAGGCCCCCAGCGAGGUGGUGGAGCGCCGCGCCGUGUCCUCCAGGUCCAGCUGGGAGGCGCCGGGCGCAGCUGCCGGCGCCGGUCCGACAGCGGCGGCGGCGGUGGCGGCGGCGGCAGCAGCAGCAGGUGGUUGCGCGGGCGCCGGCUCGGUGCGCCGGCGCGCCGCCGCCGCCGCCGCCGCCCCCGACGCCGGCGACCCGUGGAGGCUGCUGCGGCGCCGCACCGACCCUCUGGACGCGGCGUCGCUGCUGAUGCCGCUGCCCAGGGACUACCGCGACGCGCUGUCCUCGCUGCUGUGGCAGCCUUACGACUGCCGCAGCGACGACGACGCCGCCCCCGCGCUGCUGGCGUCGUCCGCGUCCUCCUCGCCUUCGACGAGCUCCUCCGAGUCGAGCGUGGCGGCCGCGCCCCUGCUGGCCCUCCGGCGGUGGCCGGCCGCCGAAGCUGCGGCGCUGCCUUCGCUGGCUGCCGGAGCGGCGGUCGGCGGCGGCCGCGGGCGCGACCAGUUGCCGUUCGGCUGCCUCCAGUGCUGCGCCGACAGCAGCCGCGCGGCCUGCCCCCGCGACAUGUUGGUCAACGUGCCGGCGCCGCCGCCCCAGCAGGCCACUCCGUCUACGGUCCUCGCCCCCUCGUCGUCGUCCUCCCCCCCUUCGCAGCCGGAGUCCGUCAGUGUUGUGGUGAAUAGUGGCUCGUUCCCAGUGGUGAAUGUGACGAACGUGCGGACCUUCACUUCGACCGAGGCGCAGACUGACGAUUUCGGCGACGUACCCGGCCCGGGGGCGGCUCCGCGGCGUCGCGAGAGGCGCGAGCGGCGGCAGCAGCGGCGCCUGGGGGCAGCGCCGGGGGCGGUGCCGCCCCCGCUGGCCGACGGCCCGCCGCCGCCUCCGGGGGACCGCCUCCCUGACCUGCUGCACUCGCACCUGCCGCCCCCGUACUCGACGCUACCGCUGCCCCCGCAGCAGCCACCCCCGCCGCCGCACCAUCCGCCGCCCCCACCAGCUGUUUCGGGCAUGCGCUUUCCAUUCCAGAUUUCACCCGCUGGAGCAAGAAGCCUGCUGGGUGCGUGCGGACAGGCCCGUGUGCCUUACCAGUGCAACAGCAGGUGGUGUGCUGCGCCGGCGCGCACCGGCGUGAGGGCUGCUACUGUGCCCGAGGCGGAGGCUGCGUUGCCGGGAAUGCCAGGGCCGGCCGCCGGUUUAAAGGCCACUCACUCACCGCCGGGCAACGCCGCAGCCGUCCCGCGGUACAGCCUGCCGCGCCGAUCACCGGCUCUCCGCAAGCCCGGGAGCGCAGCACGCAACUCGUCGUCUCUCAGAGGCCGCUGA